CGGCCCAGCCCGCGGCGGCUUCCUCAGCGUGCUCCGCGGCGGCGCCACCCUCCUGCUCCCUGAGCGGAGCGCCGGCUUCCUAGCCGGCCGGCUCGCUCCACGCCCAAGCUCCCAGGUUCGGGGUUCUCUUAAAUGUUUUCUUGGAGCUUUAAAGAUGGAGAUGACAGAAAUGAGUGGAGUGUCCCUGAAACGUGGGUGCGUGGUUGUUGAGGAUAAUGUGACCCCAGCUGAGGAGGCCAAAAAACAGAAAAUCUCAGAGUGCUGCCUGCCUGCAGGUGCAGAUGGGCCAGAGAGUGAGGGUCUACCCGGCAGUGGAAACACGCCUGGGCCCCCGGAGGCUGUCAGUACUGGGACAGGGAACAAGAAUUCUGACACUCAGUUGGAAGAAGAAGAAGCAGAGGAAGAAGAUGGCCUUUCAGAGGAAGAGGAGGAGGAGGAGGAGGAAGCAGAAAGUUUUGCAGACAUGAUGAAACAUGGACUCACUGAGCUUGAUGUAGGCAUUACCAAGUUUGUAAGUUCUCAUCAAGGAUUCUCAGGAAUCUUAAAAGAAAGGUACUCCGACUUUGUUGUUCAUGAAAUAGGAAAAGACGGGCGGGUCAGCCAUUUGGAUGAUUUAUCGGUCCCUGUGGAUGAGGAGGUAGAUCCUUCAGAAGAUGUAUGUACAGUUCUGACAGCUGAAGAUAAGCAGCGAUUAGAAGAACUCCAGCUUUUUAAAAAUAAGGAAGCCAGUGUUGCCAUCGAGGUUGUUGAGGACACCAAAGAAAAAAGAACUGUCAUCCACCAAGCUAUCAAAUCUCUGUUUCCAGGAUUAGAGACCAAAACAGAGGACAGAGAGGGGAAGAAGUACAUUGUGGCCUACCACGCAGCCGGGAAAAAGGCCUUGGCAAAUCCAAGAAAGCAUUCUUGGCCAAAAUCCAGGGGAAGUUACUGCCACUUUGUGCUAUACAAGGAAAAUAAAGACACCAUGGAUGCUAUUAACGUAUUGUCCAAAUAUCUAAGAGUCAAGCCGAACAUAUUCUCCUACAUGGGAACCAAGGAUAAAAGGGCUAUCACCGUUCAGGAGAUAGCUGUUCUCAAAAUAUCUGCACAAAGACUUGCCCACCUGAAUAAGUGCUUGAUGAACUUUAAGCUGGGGAAUUUCAGCUAUCAGAAAAACCCGCUGAAAUUGGGAGAGCUUCAAGGAAAUCACUUUACUGUUGUUCUCAGAAAUAUAACAGGAACUGAUGAGCAAGUACAGCAUGCCAUGAACUCUCUCAAGGAGAUUGGAUUUAUUAACUACUAUGGGAUGCAAAGAUUUGGAACAACAGCUGUCCCCACGUAUCAAGUUGGAAGAGCUAUACUACAGAAUUCCUGGGCAGAAGUCAUGGAUUUAAUAUUGAAACCUCGUUCUGGAGCCGAAAAAGGGUACUUGGUUAAAUGCAGGGAAGAAUGGGCGAAGACCAAAGACCCAGCUGCUGCCCUCAGAAAACUGCCUGUGAAAAGGUGUGUGGAAGGGCAGCUGCUUCGAGGACUUUCAAAGUAUGGAAUGAAGAAUAUAGUUUCUGCGUUUGGCAUAAUACCAAGAAAUAAUCGCUUAAUGUAUAUUCAUAGCUAUCAAAGCUAUGUGUGGAAUAACAUGGUGAGCAAGAGGAUAGAAGAUUACGGACUGAAACCUGUUCCAGGGGACCUUGUUCUCAAAGGAGCCACAGCCACCUACAUUGAAGAAGAUGAUGUUCACAAUUACUCUAUCCACGACGUGGUGAUGCCUUUGCCUGGUUUUGAUGUUAUCUACCCAAAGCAUAAAAUUAGUGAAGCCUACAGAGAAAUGCUCACAGCAGACAAUCUUGACAUCGACAACAUGAGACACAAAAUACGGGAUUAUUCCUUAUCAGGGGCCUAUCGAAAGAUCAUUAUUCGUCCUCAGAAUGUCAGCUGGGAAGUCGUUACAUAUGAUGAUCCUAAAAUUCCACUCUUCAACACAGAUGUUGACAACCUGGAAGGGAAACCCCCGCCAGUGUUUGCUUCUGAAGGCAAAUACAGGGCUCUGAAAAUGGAUUUUUCUCUUCCUCCUUCUACUUAUGCCACCAUGGCCAUUCGAGAAGUGCUCAAAAUGGAUACCAGCAUCAAGAAGCAGACGCAGCUGAACACGACCUGGCUCCGCUGAGUGGGACCUUCUCCACAUGCAGUGUUUGCUGACUGACUUCCUGUUCCCUUUUUCUUUAGUGCAGACCAUAUGUGGAUUUUGAAUCUUUGUAGUAAAAGAUUGUUUGUAUUUUUUAAGUUUUUAUUGCUUUAAAGAAAUGCUUUGCAGCAUUUGUAUGUAUAAACAAAUCUUGAGGAUCCUAAAUUUAGCUCAGAGGAUAUAAAUUGGUCAGAAUAUACUUCAGGUGCUUAAAUCAUAGUAAAAUAUCAGCUUUACUGGCUUUGUAAGUUAAAAUAAGGACUUUGAUUUACAGUAGCAAUUUUCAGUUUUGCUACAUCCUUAAAAGACAACAGGAAUUUUUAACACACCUGUAAGUAGGGUAAAAUGCAUUUUAAGAACAAAUACACAUGGAGAAAUACUUUGAGAGCCCCUCCACCUAUGAAUGUGAACAUAGCAUCCGUGCUGAUUUAAAUGAUAAUAAAGCAUCUACAGGUUUAUAAACAAAUUACUGUUGCCGUCCAGCUCAUGUACCUGAUUCAGGUGAGCGUCUGUGGACUUCUGAGUUGCAGUGGCUUCUGCAUUUAUCUUACCGACGCCUGGCACAAGAGUUGCGUUGAUGGGACCUUUUCCUUCAUGUAAACUUGUGCAGCUAUUUUAAUUUGUUAGGGUCUAAUUCUUACUCUACGUGCCUUUUAUGUUCAGAACUCUUUGCACUGGGCCAGUAUUUACUCAGAAACAAUGACAGAGAAGAAAACUUCGAAAUUUACAAGGGCUCCUUCUGUCAACAGUGUUCUCCCUCUGUCACCAGUGGCUUAGGUGUUUCCUUUUCUGGCUCUGCAUAAAACUGUUCUCUGAUGUGAAAGGGUUAGUGGUAGGCCUUUCCAAGUUGUGUAAUAAUUGUACCAAUUUUUAUUUUCUAUGAUUUCUAGAAUCAAAUAUAAUAAAUAUUUUUAAAGACUACUUUCUACUGGUUAUGUAAAUAAAUCAAA